UUACACAAGCGUCAGGAUUUUGUAACGCACACGUUAGCGACUAAUUUAUGGAUUUGCCACUCGUAAUUGAGUCGACAGUGUCUUCUUAGCUUUACAGCCGAGCGAACAAUCCGAAGACUGACACGAAAAGCGUAGUUUUUUAUUUAACAAACAAACAUAGAAUACUCGAGAAAUUUGAAUUAUACGAGGACUAAGAUAACAUAGUCGUGAAUGUUUGGAUUACUGAAAGUGAAGAUGAAAUAAAGACCGACCCUCGGGAUGUCAUUUAUGAUUAAAUAGCAGAUCAAACGUCACGUUAGCGGGUUUAUUCAGCUGUAGACGCGCACCAGAGACUCGAGUAGAAAACAAGCGCGCGCUCAAAAUAUGGAGUUGAACUCGGUGAUUUUAACCACUGGAUCCUCGGUGGGAUUUUUCAAAUUAGUAAACUACGGAUUGGGCAAACUUCCUAUCCCCGAGACGGCUCGGAGGAACGCUUGGAAAUGGAACAACAUCUCCACGUCUUUCGUGCACAGCCUCAUUACUGGAGUGUGGUCCGUGCUUUGUUUUUGCAUGCAUCCCCAGAUGGCUGAGGAUUUGAUAGAAACACACUCCGUUUUCUCCCACGCCCUUGUAUCUGUGUCAAUCGGAUACUUCAUAUAUGACUUCUUAGAUAUGGUGAUCAAUCAGAAGAUCAUUCAUUCUUGGGAACUCCUUUUCCACCAUGUAGUGGUGAUCACCUGUUUCGGGAUCUCGGUGCUGACCUGUCGUUAUGUGGGUUUUGCUGUGGUGGCGCUGCUGGUGGAGAUCAACUCUGUCUUCCUGCACCUGAGGCAAGUGCUCCGCAUGGCCAACCUGGCCAAAAGCACAUUUUACAGAGUCAACAGCAUGAUCAACCUGGGCACGUAUGUGGUGUUUCGCAUCAACACUCUGGCCUGGAUGACCCGCUGGCUGGUGCUGAACCGUGACCUCAUCCCUCUAUUCAGCUACACCAUCGGCAGCGUGGGUCUGGCCAUCAUGACCGCCAUGAACAUCGUGCUCUUCUACCGCCUCAUGAGGAGCGACUUCAUGAAGGCCAGCCGCGAGAAGGAGCUGAGGAAAGAGAAAGAGAAGGAGAAAGACAUGUAGGCUAAAAACACUCCUUGUUCUUCAGCUCCAACCAAAUCCACCCUCAACAACUGCGUUCCCACACUUUAGGGAUCCAAACUUUCCUCUUAAACUGCUGACUUCGUUCUCAUGUUAGACCUCAAGCUGUGAGAAAUAAUCCAUCACAUUUAUUUACAGAUGCAAACUUGUGCGCAAAUACUUCUGCAUGAUUUAGACAAUGACGCAAAACUUGAGCGAACGAUGGCUUCGUCCUUAACGCAUCCAGCUUGCUCUUUAUCUAAUUCAUAUGCUAAUGCUGACCAACCUGAAUUAAUAUGUAAAUAUAGAUAUUUAUACACCCAUACACAAAAUAUAACAUAUAUGAGCAAAA